GACCCCCAAGUCGCAUCGCAUGCCCGCAUCCACCGAAGGCAGCCAAACCUAGCCGUAAGAUCCAAGCCUCCAGCGCCGCCUCCUGCUGCGGCCGGGAUGGAGCUGCCGGAUCUCGACGGCACCAAAGCCGCCGCCGGCAACCGCAAGCACCUGGCCAUGCUCGAGCGCCUCUCCAAGCGCACCGCCGCCCCCUCCGCGGGCUCCCCCGAGGCGUCCCCCGUCGCCGCCUUCCUCUCUCGCUUCGCCGCAGCCAAGGCCGCCGCGGGGUCCGCCCUCUCCGCCUGCCGCUCCUCCCCGGACGACGCCGCCGCCUCCCUCGCCGCGGCCUCCUCCGCCGUCGACGACCUCGAGCGCCUCGUCGCGGAGGCCUCCCACUCCCUCCCCCCGUACGAGCUCCGGUCCGCGCUCGCCGCCGUCUCCGACCUCCGCGCCGCCCACAAGCUCGCCGCCUCCGAGGUCCGGCCCAAGAAGUCGUUCUCCUUCAGGAACAAGAGCAAAACCCCGAAGAGCCCCCUGCCAGAUCCUCCUGCCCUGCCCCAGCCGCCUCCGGAGCAGCCAAAGCUUGAUCCCGAUGCCAUCCUGCCAGGGUUUGGGUUCCGGAGCAGGAAUGGCGCUACCCUGGUGAAGGAUCUGAGAGCUGCCAACGAGAAGGAUGGGGAUUUCACGCUCGCUGAUCUGGUUUCCUGUGAGGUGUACCUCAAGGGGAAAUGCCGGGCGCUGUACAUUCACAAGCUAAGAGAUUGCCGCGUCUUCAUCGGCCCGGUUUUCGGCUCGGUGCUCAUAGAGGAUGUCGAGCGCUGCACGUUUGUGAUGGCGGCACAUCAGAUCAGGAUUCACGAAGCCAGGGAAACAGAUUUCUACCUGCGGGUGAGGAGCAGGCCGAUCAUUGAGGACUGCAGCGGUGUGAGAUUUGCACCACAUGCUCUGAAGUAUGAAGGGAUCGAAGAGGAUCUGAGGGACUCUGGGCUUGCAGAGGACACUGGUAACUGGGCCAAUGUGGAUGACUUCAAAUGGCUCAGGGCAGUGCAGUCACCAAACUGGUGCUUGGUUCCGGAGGAAGAGCGUCUGCCGAUUGUCGACAUUUCAGAAGUUCAGGAACAGGAGGAUUUCGACGAGAAUGGCAAGUUCAGAGAGGACAGUUUUCAGAAAUGGCUGCCCUUGCUCCUGCUAGUGGCAGUGACAAGAAGAGGGGACAUGGGCGGAAAGAAGGCGUCUCGGCAGAUGAUGGCAAAAGCUUCCGCAGGUUUCAAAUACGCGUCCCUUGCUGGAACACGGCAUUGGCGUGCAUCACUCUGGUAUAUUGCCCAAUUUUAAGUGAUUUUGCAACAUCCCUGUCGGGGCGGAGCCGGAGCUGGAGAAGGCUACAAGCUGUUCCCGGACCUGCUGACAUAAUUGCAUGAAGGCGAAAUUUAAGCAGCAUAUUGUCGUUGCUACUACAGAACAGACUCAGCAUCCUUACGAAGCUGAAUUACAGUAGUGCUAGUCAUUGGAGGUAGCACUCUACAGUGUGUUGGUAGGGAACUUGGAGAGCAUUAGGAUUUC